AUGCAGUCAAGCGUUAAUGACCAGCGGGAUUAUGAAAAUGAAUUAAAUGAGAACUUUUGGAAGUUUUGUAAAAAUGAAUUUGAAAACAAUCAAGAGCUAGAACCAAACUUGGGCGAACAGUCGUGUUUCGACUAUUUUAAGAACUUAUUUAAAGAGAAAUGUAAAAGUCGUUUGUUUAAUUGGCCGUCCUCGUUGAGUUCAUUUCCAUCCGCAAGUAAAGAUUUCGACUUAGAAUGUCCAACGUAUCGCGAAAUCUCCAAAAUAAUCAGAAAAAUGAAAAGUUGUGGCUCUACGUGUCCUUUCGAUCAAAUACGCAAAUGA